CAGCACGGCGAUCAGUGGUGUGCUGUGGCCCUCAGACACAGCGGAUCACCGAUCAACAGAGCCGAAGAUGUCGGCUCGGUCAUGUGAUCAGCUGUGUCCAAUCACAGCUGAUCGCAUGGCACUGAUGAUCAGUGUAGCCCCAGCAGUUCCACCUGUCAGUGUCCAUCAAUGCCACCUGCCAGUGCACAUCAAUGCCACAUAUCAGUGCCUACCAGUGCACAUAAAUGCCUACCAGUGCACAUCAAUGCCCAUCUGAGCUGCCUUUCAGUGUCACCUAUCAGUGCCACCUAUCAAUGCCAGUCAGUGCCACCUAAUAGUGCCAGUCAAUGCCGCCUAUCAGUGCCAUAUGAGAUCUGCCUUUCAGUGCCCAUCAGU